UUGGGAAAUUAAAGCUGGAGGAGAAUUAAAGCAGCCGAGGCUCAAGUUGCAUGCAUUUGCAAGAGCAGUCAAGUGUGCCGCCUCCUGCAAUCUGUAUGCUUAUUUUUGCAAGACCUGAACAUUUUCCAACAGGGUUCCUUCCGCAAAGCUUUCCAACUGGACCAGUUGAGGAUUUUGCCUACCUGAUUGGAAACUAUUUAAAAAAAUUCUACAUAAGCACACACAAAACCCAACUUGAGAAUGAGGCGGAAAAUGACAGCCAAGCGGAAUAUGGUGGCCCAGUACCUCCAGUGUCCGGCUCCACCGGAGCAGCGAACACAACCCCUGGUAAAAGUUGAGAAAGAACCAGACCCACCCGGUUCCGAUUCAGUGGGAGUAUUGGAAGGCUCUGUCAAAACCUACCGCAUUGUGCCGGUUGCAAGUACUGGAGGCGGUUUAAAACUGGUGACACCUCAACAGACUCGGAGUGAACGACUGGAGACGUCCCAGCGCUGGGAAAUCCAGGGCCAGGAGUUACCAACUCCGGACCUGACACCUGUGCAAUCACCCGCCUGGCGUAACCUACAGGUGCCCGAGCUAACGCUGACAGAAGAUAUCGAGACCUACUUGGCUACCUUUGAGGAUGUUGCAGAGGCUUGCAAGUGGCCCAGGGAGCAAUGGGUGACCCGGCUCGUGCCCGCCCUCAAUGGAACUGCGCUCCAUGCCUACAAUAGCUUGGAUCCAAGAGAAAGUGGGGACUAUACAAAGGUCAAGGCAGCUAUCUUGAGAGAAGACGCAGUCAGCCAGGAAAGACAGCGCCAGAACUUCCGUCACUUCCGCUAUCAAGAGGCUGAAGGGCCCCGUGAGGCGUGUGCCCGGCUUCGGGGGCUCUGCCAUCGCUGGUUGGAGCCGGAGAGCCGCACCAAAGAACAGAUUGUGGAGCUCUUGGUCCUUGAACAGUUCUUGACCAUCCUGCCAGAGGAAAUGCAGGACUGGGUUCAGGAGUAUCGCCCAAAGACCUGUAUCCAGGCAGUGACCCUGGCAGAGCAUUUCCUGCUGAAACAGCAAGAGGGAGAAAGGUGGGAUCAGCAGGUGUUGGGGCCAUUUGUCUUUGAGGAAGCUGUGAAUUUCUCAGAAACUGAGCAAGUGCCAAUGGACACCAGACAGAUGGUAAUCUGCAGAGAUGCCAAGGAAGAACUUCACGAGAACCACUCUUCUCUAGGAGAUGAGAACCAGUCCAAAAACGAGGAAGAGUUCAUCGUUCAAGAAAGUGCCAAGAGGCAAAAAAGCCGUCUGCUUCCCAGCCUCCAGGCUGCCCACUUUUCCCCGCCGAACCCUGACGGACAACUAGUUGCCAACAAGCAUACUGCUCACAAACAAGAUGCCCUUUUCCCCUGCCCUGAAUGCGGGAAGAACUUCUCUCGUAAGUCCACCCUCACCAGACACCGGCGGGUGCACACAGGCGUCAAGCCCCACCAGUGCACCGAAUGCGGCAAAAGAUUCUUGCACAAGUUCAACCUGGUGAACCAUAUGCGAACCCACGUGCGAGAGGAGUCGAGCCGUUGUACAUUGUGUGGAAAAAAUGCCAAGCGGAAUUCAGGCCCUGGAGGUCAAGAGAGGAAAGCGGGGUGUUGCGAAUGCGCGGAAAGUUUUGGACCACUGUACAAUACGGAGCAGAGAAUGCCUGAAGCUGGGGAAUCCUUCAGUUGACUUAAAUACUGAGGAAAGAGAAGAGGGAAAUGUAGAUGACUUGAAAGUAGAGAGAGGAAUUUUAGGAAAUGUUCAGUCCCAUAGGGAAUGUAUCUCUCUACCUUGGAACUUCCUAGAAGCUGGAGCCACAUUCAGAGAACGAAGCAGUUAUCUUAGGUGCAAUCGAAGCAAAUAUUGCCUUCCGCAGCACAAUUUUGGUUAAUUAUUUUAUUUGUAUUUUUGUUUGUUGAUGUCUAGAAGCAUCUAGGGGUGCAUAAAGGGCAAGGGAUUUUCUGCAGGAAUAAUAGUAUACCAAAUUUCGACAAACAACAUCUGAUCGCAAGCACUUCCGGCCUUAACAAAAUCUUUUUCCUUGUAUGAAUAUAAGCAAACGCCAUCUUGAAAACAAUAUGGUAGACGGAUGUUAUCCAAUUGUAUCUUGGUUAUUCAUUAUGUGGUCAGAGGCAUCAUCUACAUUGCCAAAUAAUGUACCUUGAAACUGCAUUAUAUGGUCAGUGUAGAUUCAUAUAAUGCAGUUCAAUGCAAUUUAACGGCAUUAUAUGGUCAAUUUGGACUCAUAGUGCAAUAUAAACUGCAUUAUAUGGUUAGUGAGUCCAAACUGACCAUAUAAUGCAGUUCAAAACUGCAUUAUAUAGCAAUGCAGAUGACUCCAGAAUUUGGGGCAGGCCUCCAGGUUAUUCAAGGAUGGAAAAAAUUGUGUAUUUCCUGAUGUUGUUGGAUUGCAAUUCCCAUCAUCCCAGUGGUGCAAUGUCAAUUCGAGAUAGACACAUGCUUCCAACCUCUUGAGAGAAUGUCACCUCAAAGGCCUUCAAUCCAGUGCCUCUUUAUCAGGUCAUGUUCAAUGUUAUGAUAGAGAUGACAACUCAUCCACUGUCUGUCAAGUUUUAUGUUUCUUUUCUAAAAUAGUGCCUCAAUAAGAGGUGAAAGAAAUCACAAUAAUUUUUGUUGUCUAUUUCUACUUUUCUGUUAUGGUUGUUUGGGUGAGGAGUCUACGGUCUGCCCAAACUUUAAACUGUUUGUUGUGAUGUGGGAAAAUAAAUGUCCUUUUUUUCUCAACUAGAGCCUGGAUAGAAUCCAAAGGACUGUCUAGCUAGUUCCAUAAGACCCAAAGGGACUUUGGAGUUGGGUUUAUACUGUUUUGGGAAUAGUGACUACUUUAAAAAGUUUUUUUUGUUUUGUUAAUACAAAAUGGGAGCUCUACUGUUUAAAGGAGAUUGGGUUAAAAUUCCCAUUGCGUUAUGCUUAAAAAAGCUCUUUGCAUGUCUGCCUGGUUUGUUGUACAUGCCUGUCAAACACAUUUCAAGUAUUUCAAAGACUUCUAACACUACCCGUUUUCUAACCCCCUAUAACAUUGUUCCUAUACCAAAACUGCAUGUUUGGGACUUUGCGACGGUUAUAGCGGCAUAUGUAAAUUUUAGAUUUUUUUUAAAAAAAAGAAAACAGGAAAAGAAAUGGUUUUUGUAAUUUUUUAUUAAAGCUUUAUUUUUUGUAGUUUGCACAUUAAAACAAAGUCUAAUGUUGUAAUAAAAA